GGAUGUGUGAUAGCGAGUGCAAAGAGGGAUCUCAGGACAAAAACGAUUAUCGAUAAUAAGCACAUUGUGUUUGGGAGACAACCCGAAGAGCCGAUGAAAGUAUACGAGUAUUUCAUUUCUUGCGAAAUACUUAAAGAACUGUUAGAAUGUGUGAAGUAUUUGCACGACUCGUGUCCACCGGUUAUCCAUCGGGACCUCAAACCGUCUAAUGUUUUAAUUUCACAAAAUAAAAAUGAUAAUCGGUUUCUAAAACUUUGUGACUUUGGUUCCGCCACUUUCCACGACAUGACUUCCAUGAGUCACACUAAAAAUGUCGGAACUUCACGAUAUAUGGCACAAGAAGUACAUCAGUCGAGAUAUACUAUUAAGGCG